AUGCUUCUAUUCGACUCUGGAAAAAAGAAAACGCAACAGACACAGCAAGUUCGGUAUGCGGAAUUUCAAGCGAUUGUACUGGCUGGAUUUGGAAAUUACUUAUAUCCGUUUACAGAAGACAAUAAUUUGCCGAAAGCGUUGUUACCGAUUGCUAAUAAACCAAUGAUACAUUAUGUGCUUGAUUGGUUGGAGCGGGCCGGGAUAUUUGAUGUGAUGAUAAUCGCACAACAAAGCGGAGAACAUAAAAUAUCCUCCUAUCUAAAAAACAUUCACGAGGGUAAACUUAAACCAUCACUGGAAGUUGUUCGUGAUGAACACAGUGGGACUGCUGAUGUUUUACGUUCUAGUGAUUUCAUUGUAGUAAGUUGCGACUUGAUUCUCGAUCUUGUACCGCACGAGUUUCUGGACUACCAUCGUCGAGAAGACCCAACUUUUACUGCGCUCUUUUACGAACCAAGUAAAUCUGAGAGUGGUAGUGUGGCUGGUACGAGCAGUUUUAAGGACGAUAGUAAUGAUGAUUUAGACCAAGAGCUUUCUUUGCGAAUGUCACUUUUAUGGAAAUUUCCACAAGUAAACAUCCAUACUACACUACAAGAUGCGCAUUUAUACAUCUUCAAACGAUGGAUAAUUGAUUUGGUUGCGCAACGAAAAGCAAUCAGUAGUGUGAAAGAACAUCUUGUGCCGUUAUUGCUAAAGUGUCAGUACCAGAAAAAGUUGUUGGAAAUAGAAGGAAUAAAUAAGCGCAAAACACAAGAGAACUUUCAAAGGAGGGCACUUGAAUACUCGACAACCUGGGAAAAAGAGGAUGAUGACGAGUACCCAGUGCGAUGUCACAUAUAUAUAUAUAAGGAUGGGUUCUGUGGACGUGGUAAUACGGUUGGAAAUGACUCGAUGAUUGGCGAAGACACCAAAAUCGAUGAACGAACGUCGAUAAAACGAUCAACUAUCGGUGCACAUUGUGUAAUCGGCAAGAAUGUCAAGAUUAAUAAUUCAAUCUUGAUGGAUCAUGUUAUCGUUCAGGAUUUUGCUAAGUUGGAUGGAUGCGUCGUCUGUAACAAUGCGAAAAUCGAAGAGAAAGCACAAUUGAAGGAUUGUGAGAUUGGUGGUAGGUUUGUGGUCGAGUCGGGAUUGCAAGCAAAAAACGAGCAAUUGGUGGAAUUUCAAGACUAA